AUGAUGAUGCUCUUUCUCUGUGUCCUGUUGGCAGCCUCCUGCUCAGCUGCUCCCUCCCUCUCCGAGGUUGACCCCUUUAUCACCAAUGGAGAGCUGGCGGAGGUAGGUCAGUUCCCCUACCAGGCGGGGCUGAACGUCUCCUACGGCAAUUCGAGCACCUGGUGCGGCGGCACCCUGAUCUCCCACUACUGGAUAGUGACAGCGGCCCACUGCAUGGAUGGAGCCCAGUCCGUGACGGUCUACUUGGGCGCCAUCAACAUCCACGACGAGGCCGAGGAGGGCCAGAAGAGGAUCGUGGUCCAGAAGUCGGGCAUUAUAGUGCACACCAACUACACGGCCAGCACGGUGGUCAACGACAUCUCGCUCAUCCGCCUGCCCAGCUUUGUGACUUUCACGGAUCGCAUAAGGGCCGCCAACUUGCCGCGUCGUUUGAACGGCAAGUUUCCCACCUACGAAUCCGUGCGAGCCUUUGCCUCCGGCUGGGGACGCGACAGCGAUGCCUCCGAAGUGGUCUCGCCCGUGCUGCGGUACGUGGAGAUGCCCGUGAUGCCGUACGCCCUGUGCCGCAUGUACUGGAGCGGUGCUGUCUCGGAGAACAUGAUCUGCAUGAGCACCACCAGCGGCAAGUCCACCUGCCACGGCGAUUCCGGCGGGCCGCUGGUCUACAAGCAGGGCAACUCCAGCUACCUCAUCGGCUCCACCUCCUUUGGCACCUCCAUGGGCUGCCAGGUGGGAUUUCCGGCCGUGUUCACGCGCAUCAGCAGCUACUUGGAGUGGAUCCUCAAGCACGUCAUCGCUCAUGCCUGAAGUUCACAUUUCAAUAUUAUCGAUAGAGAACAAAGCUACAAACAUAUAAACAUAUUUUCGAUAUCAAGGAACCAUAUUUUUUAAAUUUGUAGACUUAAUAGAACUUUCUAAAAUCGAUGUUUAAACUGCCCCUCUUUAAAGAAGUAGGUGGCAAUACUCUUAUGUAAACUCUUUUGACGUUGAGUUAAAUAUAUAUAUUUUUUUGUAACAUAACAAAUAAAUGUAUUUAACCGUCGAUCAUCCAUA